UAAUAGUGACAUAUUUAUUUGACAUAGUUGCUCUUUUCGUGAUUUCUAAAAAAUUCAAGGGCUCCUAUCGAAUAAACCCCAACGAUACGACAAACCCUAGCAAUCAAAAGAAAAUCAAUCUUUUUGUCUCAUAGAAUUUUAGCAGACUCUACUGUCCCGUAUAUAGGCUCACUACGUACAAACAUACUUUCCAAACAUACAGUCGAACCUUAGUCAGCCAUGGCUCUUCCUCUUGGCAAGUUAACUAUCCUCGUGGGUGCAGGUAUUGUUGGAUCGGUUCUUGCAAAAGAAGGGCACAUGUCGAGUGUUUCUGAUUUUGUUUCUGGUGCUUUCAAGUUUGCUUUUCGGCAACUUAAACUUAAUGAUUCUACUCCAUCAGUAAACAAGCCACGCAAUGACUAUUUGAUGGCUCAGGUUAACAGCCUAAGGCAGGAACUGCAAGUCUUGGCAGCAAACAGACCAAUUACGAUUGUAACUGGACGUGGAGCAGGUACCAGUAAAUACAGCAUAAUCAUUGUUGUUGUAGUAAUUGGAUAUGGCUAUGUUUGGUGGAAGGGUUGGAGGCUUCCUGAUAUGAUGUUUGCAACGAGGCGUAGUUUAUCUGAUGCACGUGAUGCCAUAGCCAAGCAGCUUGAGAGUGUUUACUCGUCAAUCUCGGUAACCAGACGACAUCUAUCCUCAAGAAUUGAGGGUGUGGAUAAUCGCCUGAAUGAAAUUGCAGAUAUUACUGCUAUUACUCAAGAUGAGGUUUCUCUGCUACAAGAUAAAUCAAAGAUGCUCAACAGCAAUGUUCAAUCUGUUUGUUAUGUAGUUCAAACUCUGGAAAGUAAGAUUAACAGAAUAGAAGGGAAGCAGGACAUGACCAAUGAAGGAGUAAAAUUGUUGUGUGAUUACGCCCAGACCAUGGAACAGAAUAUAUCCACUGAUCGUAUUCAGGCUUCACCAGCUAGUCCCUCCAUGCCGGCUCUUGAAUCCCCAAUGGAAACACCAUCAAGGACUGCGUCAUUGCCUCCUAUUUUACUAGUAGAAUCGACGUCUCCUUCUGAUUCCAAUGGAACUCCUAAGGUUAAGAGAUCUCCAAGAAAUGCUGUCUCUGACUCAGGCCUUAAGGAAGUUGGUGAAUCAAGUAGCCAUGAUGUUGCCAAUAGGAAUCGAACUUCAGAAGACAAAACUAAUGGGUCUUCGGGUUCUGGUUUCUUUGGGAUGAUGUUUUCACGUGGGAACGGUUCUUUCCUCACAAGAACUCGCAGUGCGACAAACGCUGUGCUACAACAGAUGGGAUCAAGUAGACAACAACCAUGAACCAUGACAAUCUUACAUUUAAAAAAUAGUACUUAAAUUUCUGCUUGAUCAUAAUUUUAUGUUGGGGGAGAUGGCAUUUCCAGGUCUCAUGGGUGUCUUAGACCCUUAGUCCCUCCAAUACAAAGAUUAUAGGGUAGUGCCCAAGCCAGAAGUUAAAAUUGGAGUGGGUGCUGAAUUUUGCAGAGGUGAUAUUUGUGUGAUAAAGGGGUAAUAUCAUUCUUGUUAGGUGGUAAAUGCUGGUUGGGAAGUUCUUUUUCGUUUAUCUUCUUAGGUAAUGCAGGCACCUUCACCUAAUUUUUCAAAAUUUUAAGGGAGCAUUGGUUCCCGAUUACAAUGUAUAAGUUGCUAGUAGUUUAAUAAUUCAUCCUAAAAACAUUUUUACC